AGGGGGGGAGAAAAAUAGAGGGUGUUUUUUUGAGGGGAAUGUUGGCUGGCUCGAGGCUUUUCCCAUGGAGGUUCUUAUGAAAAGAACUCUUAAGGCUUCGGACCAGGCUUCAUUCCCCUCAAACUUUUAUACAUAUGUGGGAUGUAUCAUUGCUUGCUUGCUUCCGUCCUCAUCAGCUUCAAAAUCAAAGAUAUAUAUAUAUAUAUAUAUAUAUAUAUAUUUUUUUUUUUUCUACUCGUGAAAGUUAGGUUGAGAGGAAUGUUGUCUGGCUCGAGGUCAUGGAGGUACGUUGUUGAUCCAUCUCUCUAUGAUCUUAAUUUGAAACCCUAAAUGAUUCUCGGACCAGGCUUCAUUCCCCCCAACCAACAUUAGCUAUACGUACAGCGCGCCAACCAUAAUCGUUCCUACCUCCUAGCUUGUGUAUUCCUGUGAGACCUGAACAUUAAUUUAGUUACCAAAGCUAGCUGCUAAAACAUCUGAGAGAGUGAAUUGAAGGAACGAAGUAUUGAAACAUAUCUUCCAACCAAAUCAUCAAAGAGAUAAAGAUCAUGCAGAUGAAAAAAAGGCUCCAAGGCUUCAACUGAUCUCCAAUCCAAAGGAUGAGCAGCCUGUAUAUAUAUAUCUUUAUCAACAAUUGUCUUUCAACUACAUAUAGCCAAACUGAUCUUGUAUACAACUAUAGGAUAACUGUUAAGUGUAAAGAGAUAAACAUCACUAGCCUGUCAUCGCUGAGUAUUAUAUAAAGGAUGAGAAGGGCAAUAAUCAUUUCAUCUUCUUAUAAGAAGCAGAGGAAGCCAUAGAUAGAGAUAUUGUUGAAACAGUUAAGGAGAACAGAAAAAGAAGCGAGAAAUCCUCGCUAUACGUACAUAGAUAUCUCUAAAAUAGGGGUAAAAAGGCAUACAUAUAUAUAUAUGAUGAGCAUCCUCCAAUCCUGCCAUUGUAUGAUGACCCACAUACCUGCAUAUUGGAGGGAAACUAAACCUGGAAAGGAGAGAGAGAGAGAUGUUUGUGUGUUUGUGUAUAUGCAUUUAUGAGGCCUUUAAAGUUGUUGAAAAAUCAGCUACUAUCAUAGGAAAAGCUCGGAUCAGCGACACCAUUGGCAUCGGCAUUGGUAUCUCUCUUCUCUUUCAUGGAGUCUCAUAGUACAGAUUUUUUAGCUCUUGAAAAGCCAACUUCAAGAAAAGAAAGACACAGAGAGAGAGAGAGAGAGAGAGAGAGAGAGAGUAAUGACGACCAUCUGACGUUUCUUGGGAAAUGAAACGUAGCGCACAGACUCGGGUAUCGGUUCAUGGCAAACCUGGUGUCUUAAAGAAGGCAAACCAUCACCUUUUGGCCGCUUCAUCGUUUAUUUAUUAUCAAAUCAAUUGCUUUUUUAGAGUAUAGUUUUUUUUACGCAUUUAAACCAAAUUUUAUGUUAAAAUUAGUCAAAAAUGCUCUACUUAACAAUUGCCGAAAUGCUCUACGCAUUUAAACCAAAUUUUAUGUUAAAAUUAGUCAAAAAUGCUCUACUUAAAAUUAGUCAAGAACUUUUGCUAGUAUUGUCUCGAGGGUCCGCAAAAAUUUAGAGGAUUGGAAAGAUAAAUUACUCUUGUAGGCGGGUAGAGAGGUCCUACUAAAGGUAGUGGUACAAGCCAUUCCAGCUUAUUGUAUGAGUGUCUUCCAGCUUCCUAAAUCCCUCUGUUCGCGAAUUCAUUCCUUAAUGAACUGGUUUUGGUGGGGUCAUAAUUCAGAUACUUAAGGGGUGCAUUGGAUGAGCUGGACACAGUUGGGACUUCCUAAACAGAGAGGAAGGCUCGGUUUCAGGGAUUCGGAGGCUUUCAACUUAGCUCUCUUUGCCAAACAAGGCUGGAGGCUGAUCCAACACCCUAAUUCCCUGCUGGCCACUGUCCUAAAAGGGAAAUAUUUUCCUAGGGACUCCUUGCAGGCUAAGCUGGGUGCUAACCCUUCCUUUACAUGGCCCAGCAUGCUUAAAGCUAGACCGCUGCUAGAGUAAGGACUAAUGUGGAGAAUUGGUAAUGGUGAGCAGGUGAGGAUUUGGGGUGAUAAAUGGAUUCCCUCCUCCUCUGACCAUUGCAUUCAUUCCCCGGUUCAAAAUUUGCCCCCAGAAGCUUCGGUUGCUGCACUAAGGGACCCAUAAACAGGCUGGUGGAACUAUGAGUUGAUUAAUGCUACCUUUACUCCUAUGGAUGCAGCAAAGAUUUGCAGUGUGCCAAGCCCUUUGAGUCAAGAAGACAAGUUGAUCUGGACGGGGUCGAAGCAAGGGUGUUUCACGGUCUGAAGUGCAUAUCAUCUUGAAAUGGAGAGGAGGAUCCAGGACAUAGGCGAGUCUUCUAACUCGGGUGAAAAUCAAAGUUUUUGGAAGGCCGUGUGGAAAUGGACGUGGCCCCUGUUCUGAAAAAUUUCCUUUGGAAGUUGGGCAGCAACAUCCUAGCGACAUGGGAAAUUCUGUUCCGAAAAGGUAUACUCACUGAUCCUCUCUGCCCUUUCUGUCUUGCUAAUACAAAACCAACUUUCCAUGCUUUGUGGAGCUGUCCGGCUUCUAUUGCAGUUUGGCAAGAAUGUGGGCGCAGGCUACAAAAAUUGGUGAUUGAGCAAUGUGAUGGGCUUCAUCUUAUUAAGGUAUUGAAGGACAUAUUGGACAAAGAAGGUUUUCUGGAAGCUUUGAUAGUCUUGCCCUUGCUGUGGCUGCGUAGGAAUGAGUAUGUUUUCAAAGGGAGAUUCCACCCACCAAGCCAGCUCAUCAUGAAGGUUAGGAAUAUGGCUGCAGAGUGUGAAGAAAUCCUCCAGGAGGAUCCUUCCGGUCCAGAGGCAGUGGCUAAUAUUCCUCCCAAGUGGAUGGCUCCAAGGGAUGGUUGGUUGAAAGCAAACUGGGAUGCAACCCUUAACAAUAACUCAAGGAGGACGGGUAUUGGGGUUGUAGUGAGGAAUGAGAUGGGAGGGGUAGUUGCAGCACUGGCCAAAGCUAUCCCUUUUGUAGAAGACCCCACAGCAAUUGAAGCUAUCGCCGUUUGGCAUGCCGUCAACUUGUGCGUGGAUAGAGGCUUUCAUCAGGUAGUGUUUGAAGGGGAUUCACAGAUUAUAGUUUCGGCCCUCAAUCAGACCUCGCCAAGUUAGAGCUCCUAUGGACAUUUGCUAGAAGACACAAAAGUGAAGGCUCAAAGCAUGGAUUAGGUGUGUUAGUUUGUAAUUGGCUACAUUCUAUUGGACAAAAUCACUUCUUUGUAAUAAUGCUUUUUAACAGGGAUUCCGCUAUUCAGAGUGCUUCUAGAAGAUUCUACACAAUUUACAAGUUAGAAAAUUCGGUUACCUGCCAGCCGUUCGGACGACGUGACAUACCGUCCGGACGCCCAGCUGUUCAAAGCAUCAUCCGUCCGAACGAGGAGAACUUUCCAUCCGGACCUUCCUCUGUGUCGAGAAGCUUCGAACUGCUCCAGCUUGCAUCCGUCCGGAUAUUUCAGCAGUACGUUCGGACGACUCUCAAUGUUCGACAAGCUUCAAGAUUUCUUUCCAAAACACAGUUAUGGAAAGUUCGCUGCAGCCGUCCGAAAGACGUGGAUUCCCGUCCGGACGCACUCAUCCAUAAGGCAACUAUCGCAUUCAAAAUCCAGACGCUCGGACGUUAGUCCUCUUGGUCCGGACGCGUGUGCAUCAGAUAUGGAAAUUGCGUGCAUCAGAUCAAUAGUCUGGACGCGCGAAGUCUUGAUAUGGAAAAUACUUGCAACGGAAGUGCGACCGUCCAGACGACAGGGUACCACCAUCCGGAGGCAGCUCAAAUCAGGAAAGAAUUUCAGUGAAAUUUUUGGAAAGCCGAUCACACAGUUGUCAGUCCAGACGCCCUAUGACUACCGUCCAGACGUCGCCUAGGUUUUAUCAAGCCAGGCGCUCAUUUGAACCCUCGGCCUAUAAAUAGAGAUCCCUAGGCUUGAGAACAGCAAGAAUUCGGUAUUGAAUUCCAUUAGUGCUUAGAGAGUUAUAUUGUGACAGUAUUGAGCUGAGUUGUCUCUUUGAAGCCAUUGUUGUGUGUGCUGUUGCUGCGCUUAUCUGAAGUCUAUCUUAGGGGUUGGCCCUAAGGUAAAUGAUUCUAUUGAAGACCCUUUCAGGUAGGAGACCUGGUUGGGAGGCGUUUGUGUUAGGCUACACGUUAGAGUGCAAGGUAUGACCACUUCAUCAUGGGUAUGUGAGUGCUACUACUUUGUAACUAGUCUUGUCUUUUGAAUAGUGGAUAUCUUGGGUUUGGCUACCCCGGAGUGGUUUUUCUCAUAUUGAGUUUUCCACUUCGUUAACAAAAAUUCUUGUGUCUUUUAAAUUUCGCAUUGAUAUUUGGUUGACACUUUGUACACACACACACUUACUUUGUGUUAGAAGUCAUUUCAAUUUUUCAGGGUGGAAAUCGUAUAUGCUAGCAAAGUUGUCAACUCUGCAGCACACAAUUUAGCAAAAUGUGUUAUUUUGUAUCUUUUAGAUGAAUUGU